GGUAGGGAGAUUGGGAGAGCAUUUGUUGGCAUUGCACACCCGUCCCUUUCUCUUCCCACCCCAACUUCUUCUCUCCACAUCUUCCACAGAGGGAAACUCACUCUGAUAGUGAGAUCAACCGAAUCACGCCAAACCCAUCCCGCUCCCCUUCCUGUGCCUCUACGUGUACGCUGCCCUGAUACAUACACCUUCUCUAAUCUCUAGAGAGAUAAAAUUUUGAUUUUCUUAGAGACAAAGAUAGAUAGAUAGAUAGAGAGAGAGUCGCUCCGAAACCGAUGCUGUGGUGGGAAUGGGGAAGGCCGUUAAUCAGCAACUGCCAGUUGUACAGCAGCAGCAGCAGCAGCCCCGUCACAGUUCUAGAACCUUCCUCUGCCAGAGGUGUGCGGUGGGAGUUUCCAGAUUCUUCAGCUUCAAAUGCGCCCUAGUUUUAAUGCUCAGCCUCGCCGCUUUCUUUUCUGCCCUUUUCUGGGUUCUUCCUUUUCGAUUCAAGCAUCCAGGGUUUGAUGCUAAAACCUCAAUCAAGCUCAGUGCAACUGUUCAAUCAUAUUUCCAGCUUCAAAAGCCAAUUUCUGAACUUAUACCAUAUAUUUCAAGACUAGAAUACGAUAUCAAUGAGGAAAUAGGUGUCCUUUCCUUUAAGGUUGCUGUUCUGUCCAUGCACCCAGCUGAUGCCUCUAACUGGAAUAGCUUAUCUAACUGGACUGAUGUGGUGUUUGGCUUCCUUCCUGAUCCGAUUAAUAGUACAACAAAUCCUGUGGCAUUGAGUGUGUUAAAAUUGUCAUUGAUUGAUCUGUUUCUUCAACAGUACAAUUUGACGUUAACCUCCACAAUUUUUGGAGAACCUUCUUCAUUUGAGAUUCUAAAAUUUCCUGGCGGGGUUACUAUUAUUCCAGAGAGUACACCUUUGCUGUCUUUGCCUCUAGUCAAUUUCACCCUCAAUAGCUCAAUUUAUGAAAUAAAAGAAAAUCUUCCAGUGUUGAAAGAACAACUAAAACUGGGAUUGCACCUGACGCCCAAUGAGAUGGUGUAUGUACAAGUAACAAACAAACAUGGCUCAACAAAAGAUCCGCCGGUGAUGGUUGAAGCUUUAGUUGCAUCUGACAUUCCUAUACAGCCAGAGAGAUUAAGACAGCUAGCUCAAAUAAUUACUGGAUCACCCUCUAUGGAAAACCUUGGGCUUGAUCAUUCUGUUUUUGGAAAAGUUAAGGAAAUUAGUUUGUCCUCAUUUCUAAAUCAUUCUCUUUACGCACCAGCACCUACACCCACACCCACACCCACACCUUCUCCAUCUCCAUCUCCAUCUCCAUCUCCAUCAACAGAAAGUGCUUAUCACAGUGGACCGUCUAUGGCGCCAUCUUACUCUCCUGGCCUUUCACCCAACUCACAUCAUGCCCCAGCACCAUGUCCUACAUGCAAUGCCUAUGAACCUUUACCCAGUCCAUAUAAUGCUCCUCAGCAUUCUUUUUCACCAAAUUCUGGUUCUCUUUCUCCUACACCCACACCCAUAGCAGCUCAAGGCUGUCAACAUUGUGGUUCUGAUGAUUCACCAAGUCCCUCUCCAACUUCUCGAAACUUGUCUCCCCAUUCCCCCAGAAAAUCACCCGGAGCAGUGUCAACACCCCAGACUGCACCAACCAGUCCUUCCUAUACUCUUUCAUCUUACAGUCUGAGGAUCCAAUGCUUAAAUGGACUGCUGACAUUCUUGCUCCUGCGCUGGAUAUCCUAGAUGAGGCCCCAGUGUCUAUGAACAGUUUUGGUGGUUGAGAGAGCCACAAACAAGUGAAUUGGAGUUGAUACUUAACCUUACAGGAUGGCCGUAUGCGACCUAACCAUCAAAGGAAACCGGUAGGUCGCCUAGUUGCAGGUUUCCGAAAGAAUAAACCGUAAAAUGCACGGGUUCUUUCUGGGAUUUGCAAUUAUGGAAAGUGCGGAAUGUAAUGUUAACAAAAAAAGGACUACAGCUAUUUAUAUAGUUUUAGUAAAGAAAUGAGAAUCAUCUUGUAACAUGCUUCCACCUUACAUAAGAUUUGUUGGGUUUUAGUUAAGAAAUGAGAAUGGUCUUCUAAAA